AUGCCCUCUGCAGCAAUUCUCAUAGCGGAUGGAACGGAGGAGAUGGAAUUCACAAUCGCGUUCGACACACUCGUUCGCGCCGGCGUCGCCUGUCGCUCGCUCUUCGUGCCUGACCCUGCAAGCGUGACGGCAGAUGCCCCAGUGCCGCUCUAUGCGACGUGCUCGCGGGGACUGAGGGUCGUGUAUGAUGCCACGCUCGACAUCGAGGCACACACCGACUUCGACGCGCUUAUCAUUCCCGGCGGGGCCAAGGGUGCAGAAACGCUUUCGAAAACGCUUACGGUACAGCGGUUGGUACGGGAAUAUCUUGAGGAGGGGAAGCUCGUCGGAAUGAUUUGCGCCGGAAGCCUGACCGCGCUCACUGCCCAACUCCCCCGUCAACCCCUUACGUCACAUCCCAGCGUCAAGACCGCACUCGAGAACGACUUUGACUACUCCGAGGACCCCGUCGUUAUUUCUGGAAAGCUGGUUACCUCACGCGGCCCAGGCACAACUUUCCCCUUCGCCCUCACGCUCGUCUCAAUCCUCUGUGGGGAGCAGACGCGAGCCGAGGUUCAAGCACCAAUGGUGUUUCCAACCGGGACCCCGUUCUAG